AUGAAUAACAUACCCUUGCCGCCGACCGACAUACCCCCGCCCCCGACAUCAGAAGUGGGAUCUGCUUUGCCUACUGCACAUGCCACCGAUCCGUAUUUGUCAGCGUUGGAGCUACAAAACCGCAACCUACUGGAAAUCAUCAAAAACAUGCAGACACCAAGGGCACCGCCAGCCGAUGGAAAAGCAUCAUAUGUGACUCUUCCAAAAUUCUAUCCUGACAUCACUGGAGCGGAUGCUUCCUCUUGGUGUUCAACAGUUGAUCUAAUUUUGGCGGAUAACGUGCUCGAGGGUAGCAACCUGGUGAUCGCCCUAAGCAAGGCACUAGAAGGCUGCGCAUCUCAGUGGCUUUCCCAAAUUUGCUUUGCCGGCAUCACUUGGGCGCAGUUCAAGGAGCUGUUUAUACAACGCUUUGUUGGAAUUGAGACUUCUGCCGCCAUGCUAUUAAAUGUUCUGAAUGAUCGAAAGCCGAAGGAGGGCUUCGCCGAAUACGGCAGCCGUAUUGUGACGCUACUUAUGUCAAAAUGGAAAACCAAGAAUUUGCAGAAGAUUGCGGUACCAGUACCGUUAGCUCACAUGGCUCAAAUUGAUAAUAAUUUGUGGCAUUGGCUGUUUACAACGAAUGUGACGACUCGUAAUGAGCUGCAGCAGCAGCUACAGGCUUACGCUUUCAAGAAGCGUAACAACGAGGAGGUCGGAUAUUCGACGGGUCCGGAUAAGAAGAAAACAAGAAUGCAGUCGCAGGUGAACAAGAGCUACGAGAAGCGAGUUGACGUUUGUACACUGGCUCCACCAAGUGGAACAAUUACGUUAUCCGGUGAGUCUAUUCCAUAUUGUUUUGAUUCUGUAGCCGAAUGUUCACUGGUCAAGGAGAGUGUUGCAGAUAAAUUCAGCGGAAAACGAUUUCACAAUAUUGUAACUUUAAAUGGUCUGAGUAAUAUUAAUAUUGAACAAUAUUGUUUAGAAGUUGUGUUACAUGUAGUUAUGGACAAGUAUUUGAAGCAUGACGUGUUGAUUGGCCGUGAAGUUUUAAGCCUGGGCUUUGGUGUAUCAAUUGAUGCAGAUAAAUUUUGCUUUUAUAAUAUAAAAAGAGUAAAUGUUCUGAGUCUAGUGAAGUAUGAAGAAAUCAUAAAUUCUGAUACUAAUUUAAUUGAUUCUGAUAAGACGAUAUUAAACAAUAUGUUGAGAUGUCACUCGGAUAGGUUUAUUGACGGAACUCCAAUGACUCGUGUGACGAUAGGUCAAUUAGAAAUUAGGCUAAUAGAUCUACAAAAGACCGCACCAUAACAAAUGGAAUUGUUAUGGCGGGGGUCAAAGAUCGCACCAUAGCAGAAGGACUUGCUGUGGUGGGGGUCAGUGAUGAUCGCACCAUGACAGAAGGAUUUGUCAUGGCGGGGAUCGGUAAUAAUAACUGCAUGUCGUAGAAUGGUAAAUUAGCCCACUGUAUAAGUGUGGCAAAGAAUGGUGCAGGUGCAGAAUUGUGCAGGCAUCAUCAGCAGUCCAGAAAAAGAGAUAUACUCAGCUGCUGAGUAAGGUCUGUUCGUAGUGGCGUAGAAAAGGGAUGGCAUUAUGAUUUGCCAAAACUGUGAAUUAGCUUAGAGUGUGCGGAUAAAAUAAUUGAGAAACGAAGAAUUCGAUGGCCUAAGUGAUGGCGAUUCCCAGGAGGGGAACGAACUAAUAGACGGCGUUAGUAAGCGUGCGUCUGUGUCCCAAGAGGGGAAAGAGCAUGAAGACGGCACAAGUGAAUGUGCGUCUGUGUCCCAAGAGGGGAAUUGAGGACCGCACCAAAACAGCUGUCUCACAGGGAUGAGAAGUGUUAUGGCAGGGGUCAAGGUGAUUGGGUGUAAGUGUGUACAUCAAAUUAAAUUGAGAAACUAAGAGACAAAUCUAAGUUGUGUGAAAUCUGAAUUAUUGGAAAAUUCUGAUUCGAAUUGAAUGAUAUGAACAAGAUCAUCAUAAGUUGAAAAUUUAUUAUGUCUGUAAACAGGAGAAAAUUGUGUUUCCUAGAUAAAAACAAAAAAAAAAUUGUCAGUUGGUGUUUGUGUAAGCGGCUCUGUAAGUUUGUAAAUUUUAAGAGAAAAAUAAUGAUCAAAAUAAAAUACCUAAGGAAAAUAGUGUUCAGAAUAAAAUACCUGAGAAACGAAUAAAUUUGACUGAGGUA